CGACUGAAAUUCAUUUGAGGAGCAUCAGUGAACACGCUGACUCGAUGAGUUCAAUGGUGUUUAGAAUUUGCUUGUUAGCUGGUGAAUAAUGAUUUGAGAAGCAUCUAUCACAUUACCUCACUGAAGUAAAACAGGAGAGUAGUUCGCUGACUUAGUGAAUUCAGAAGGAACAACUGCAAUACGUUUAGAGGUGGAAAGCGUUUGUUCGAGACUCGAGACAAGUUUCCACGUAAGCUAUUAUCUUAUCGGAGACUCAAAUGUUUUACAAAUUAUAGCCGAGCACACGCCAAGACAUGUUUUCAAAGCAUGGAAACAGAAGACGUGACGGUUAGAGAGCAACUAUUCCACGACCGAGUCCGAGAAACCAUUAUUUGCGUGCUGCUUUUCAUUUGCCUGUACAUCUUGUCACACUUCAUUCUCACUCACUUCAAGAAGAAUGCUGAGUUCGUUACUGAUGACAUUGAGGAUGCCACUGUCAACAAAAUUGCGCUGUGGCUGUGUACAUUCACACUCUCAGUGGCCGUGUGUGCAGUGCUGCUCCUGCCCAUCUCUAUCCUGUCAAAUGAAGUUCUGCUCACAUUCCCACACAGCUACUACAUGCAGUGGCUCAACGGCUCGCUUAUCCGCGGCUUGUGGAACCUAGUAUUCUUAUUCUCAAACCUCUCUCUGGUCUUCCUAAUGCCAUUCGCCUACUUUUUUACUGAAUCAGAAGGAUUUGCUGGGUCCAAAAAGGGCAUUAUGGCACGGGUGUAUGAGACUGCAGUGAUGCUGCUCCUCCUCAGUCUGUUGGUGUUGGGCAUUGUGUGGGUGGCAUCAGCUCUUCUCCAUCACCACACCGCCCGUGAGAGUCUUUACGACCUCUGGGAAUAUUACCUGCCCUAUCUCUAUUCUGGAAUCUCACUCUUUGGCGUUCUGCUGCUUUUGUUGUGCACACCCUUUGGGCUUUCACGUAUGUUUAGCGUCACUGGGAGCUUAUUGGUCAAACCUCGGUUGUUGGAGAACUUGGAAGAAACAAUGAACUGCACAGCGUUUGAAGAGGCCUCUCUGUCCAGGAAGUUGAAAAGUAACAACACCUGUUGGAUCAGUGCAAACAUGGAGGCCAUCAACAAGGAAUUUUUGAGUGUGAAGUCCAAACGCAUUGCUUUAGAGCUGCGGAAGAGAGUAUCUCCAUGGCAACGCAAUCUGGGAUACCCAGUGGCCAUGCUGAUGCUUUUAGCUUUGACUGCGGUGUGUGUGCUGAUGGUCUGUUUCCAUGUGCUGGAACUGCUCUUCGAUGAAUCUGCCAUGCCUAGAGGGAUGGAGGAUCCUAACUUGGGGCUUGCCUCGUUCUCAAUGUUCGGUUCUCUGGGAGCUGCAGUGCAGGUGGUCAUCAUCCUGUAUCUCAUGGUCUCCUCGGUCGUCGGCUUCUACAGCUCUCCACUCUUCACCGGUUUGUUGCCACGUGCACAGGACACUACCCUCACACAGAUUAUAGGGAACUGUGUUUCUCUUUUAAUACUCAGUUCAGCCCUGCCUGUUUUCUCUCGCACAUUGGGAAUUACAAGGUUUGAUCUGCUUGGAGACUUUGGACGGUAUAACUGGCUCGGCAAUUUCCACAUUGUUUUCCUGUACAAUAUGCUUUUUGCUGGACUUACAUCCGCCUGCCUCAUCAACACUGUCACAUGGGCCUUGCAAAGAGAACUCAUCCGUGCCCUUGGACUCCACAGACUGCCUCUGACUGUGUCUCGUUCAACCAUCCCCCUCAAACUCCUCCUGGCCAAUGGGCUCUCAAAGAUUCAUUGAAGAGCGAUCAGCUUUUUCAUAUAUUAUUGGCUAUUGAAGCCCAUUACUUUCUGGAGACGGUUCUGGAUCCCAUUCUGUCCCUAUUGGACCAAAGCUAUUUUGUAUCCAUUAUAGGUGAAUGGUCACCAAAGCUGUUUACAAAGGUUGCCUGAACGAUAUAUAUCGACUGAGGGAAUCUCCGGAGUGGGUUUCUGCAACUGCAGUUUUAUGCGUCAUUUAUUUCAGUAAUAUUUAUGCAUACUACUGCAUUUAAAAAGGGAUGUCAAAUCACUGGAUGCCUUGAACUAAUGCCUUAUGAAAAAUGAACAAUGGCUUCAGAGGACUUUGACAUGCGUCCAGACAGGAGAGCUAUUUCAGAGGAUGACAUCACAGCCAUGACCACGUUUCCUUUUCCUGGUGGUGGAAUGAGAGUGUUGAGUUCUGUCCUGGUGGGCCCCCCACGCUUUCCCCUUGUAUAUCACUAUUUUUAGUGUCAUCCAAUGAAUCCAAUCCCUGUUUUACUGUGGGUCCUUAUUGCAGGAAGUCCAUUAUGAUGGAGUUUGUCUGCUUCUGACUGUAGUGAAGAACCUGAGAAAAGGGACGAAAGUGGAGCAAGUGACACUGAUCUUGGAGAUAUUAAAUGUUCUGUUUGAGAAAACAUGGUGGGAUUCUCGCUUAAAAAAGACACUUUUUGGAUAGUUUAGGUUUUAAAAUGUAUGUUUAAAAAAAGUGACAAUGGCUGCCAUUGAUUUCAAGCUUUAAGCCAAGACAACUGUGAAUGUUUAGGGGUUUUGUUCCCGUUUUUAUUUCAUAUGUGAAACUUUAAUGUGCAAUAUUAUAUUGUUAAACAUUAACAUACAAUUAUGCAAAUGCCUCCCAGAAACUCUUUUGCGGAUGACCAAAAGAAGGUGUUUGUUCUGAUUAAGAACACCUAAAUUGGGCAAUAAGGUCACAGUUUUGUUAGUUCAUACGUUUUGAGUUGAACUGUGUGGAGGGACAAUCAACGCACAUGACCAUUUCCUGUUUCAUAGACACUAAGAGGCUGUGAUUUGAUAAAUGUGGACUUUAUGAUUCGAUAAUCACUAGUUUUAUAUGGUGCAGUAUUAAUGGUGUACGUGUUUUAUUUGUAGAUUACAGUGUUUAUUCUUUUGUAUGACUAUUAUUUAUGAAUUUGUUUCUGUAUCAGCAUCAUUUUAAAACUUUCAUUUCAUUUCAGACUUUUUGUCCCCAGGGGCAAUUUACAAGGUCACGUAGAGUGACAUAACAUACAUAGAAAGCAUCAUACAUGUCAUAAUGUUCUUCAAGUGGUGGCCAGUAGAGGACAGUGUACCACAAAUCCAUCAUUACAAAAUUUCUAUACUUCAGGGUCUUCCUCAACCAUAUUUUAAUAACAUAAUAAUUGCAUAAAUCAUAUUUUCAUAAGUAUAAUUUACAGUCAUGUAGCUUUAAGUCAAUUAUGGAUGUAAAUCUUUGCUUAAAGGGAUAGUCCACCCAAAAUUAACAUUGUUAUUCAUUAGUCAUGUACUCAACCUGUAUGAUUAAUUUCUUUUGUGGAACACAAUAGGUUCAAAACACUUGACCCCAUUGAUUUUCAGGGUAUGACCAAAAAGAUUUCCAUUCAUACAGGUUUGGAACAUUUCAUUUUUGGGGUGAACUGUCCCUUUAAGUGUUUUUCCACUCUCACAAAAUGCAUUUUUACAGCUCAAAACAACUAGAUUCAAUUGGUGGAUCAUAUAUGAAUGGAGAACUCCUAUGGGGGACAAAGAAAAUACAGUAAGCAUGAAUCAUUUAAAAAAAAAAGAAAAUGUUGACCUUUUAAUUUGUUUGAAAAUUCCAGCUGCUCCCUUAGCGACUGUGACAAACCAUUUCUCUGCAUUCCCUAAACUGAAAUGAGGAGAAAAGAACAAUAAACAUGUUUACACCUGUUUUUCCAA